AUGGGUGUUAGAGGAUUGACUACGUACAUUAAUAAUAAUCAGAAUCUGUUUAUGAAAAGGUAUUAUUUACAUGAUUCAAAACUUGUUAUCGAUGGGAACAGUUUAUGUGCUCAAUUGUAUCGAUCUAUGAUCAGUUUCUCAGCAUUUGGGGGAGAUUAUGAUAAAUAUGCAUCGCAUACAAAAACCUUUUUCAAAAACUUACGUAAAUGUAACAUAACACCCUUUAUAAUAUUUGAUGGCUGCCACGAGCACCGAAAACUCAAAACAGUGUUUAGCCGUCUUCGAUCAAAAUUAAAAGGAACUGCUUGCUUGGAUCCUGUGACUCAGGACAGUCUACAAAUUUUUCCUUAUUUACUGAAAGAUGUCUUUACACAGGUUCUCAAUGAACUCCAAAUAUCAUACACUGUGUGUGCAUUUGAGGCUGAUGAUGAAAUAGCAGCCCUGGCUAGAUAUUUUGAUUGCCCCGUACUGAGCUAUGAUUCUGAUUUUUUUAUUUACAAUGUCAAGUAUAUACCCUUUAACACUUUAGAGGUGAAGGCACAAUGCGUAGAAGAAAAAGAUAAUAAAUUCUUUGCAUUGGAAUGUAGGCUUUUCACAGUGGAAUACUUCUGUAAACACUUCAGCGACCUGCAGCCUGAGUUGUUGCCAUUACUAGCCACACUGCUUGGAAAUGAUUAUGUAAAGAAAAGAGUCUUCAAUAAAUUCUUCUCACAAUUAAAGCUGCAAAAAACUAAGAAGAAGAAGAAUAGUCAGCAGAGAAAUAUUCAUGCAUUAUUUGUAUGGUUGCAGAAUGAGACAUUUGAUACGGCUGUCCAAAAAGUUUUGGGGAGACUGAAAAUACAUCAAAAGAGUAAAGUUUGUGCAAUCAUUAAACGGAGUGUUGAAGGUUAUCACAAUAACCAGUGUCAGUCAUUAAAAUAUUUCAAUUUAUCAGAGUAUGUGUCUAAAAAUAACAAGGAGCUGAAAAUGCCAGAUAUUAUAGAUGAAGACUGUAGCGAUUCAGAAAAUGAAAAGAGUGAUACAGAUGUAAGUAGUGAUUCAGAUGAUUCUACUGAUGAAGAGAGUGUAGAAGAAGCUGUGGAAGCUAUAGAAAUUAAGGAACCUGUCAAUACCGGUCCAAACCGCUUACCUGAAUGGGUAGUGGAAAAGAUACGACACAACCAAAUUCCGAAAAUCUUUUUGAAUCUAUACUAUCAUCAUUUCCAUAUUUGCAACCCACAAGCGGAGGAUUUCACUGAAGACGACUCGUUUUUUUGUGUGUUGCCAGUUUUAAGGUACUUGUUUGACAUGCUGACAGACUACUCUCAUGACAAAUGUUUCUACAUCGGAAGAGAGUUACGUCAUUAUAGAAAGUUUAUAAUCGACAGAGAUUAUUCCGUACCACGGCCGUUUGAAAUAACGUUCCCUGAACUCAGUGCUGAUCAAUUAAAGAAAUGUUUCUACCAUUUCAUUGAUAUAAAACUACCCAGUCUUGAUUGGUCUGAUAUUGAGUUACUGCCGACGAAUUUCCAACUGUUUGCCAUUUCUCUUCUUUGGUGGAUAUCUUACUGCAACGUUCCAGAAUUUCAUUUGCACAGUUUAGUUCUGACAUAUAUAAUGUUGAGCGUCAUCGAUGAACGAACAGGCACCAGUCGUGGUGCUUUUCAUUUCAAUAACAAACACUCUAAGAAAAUUGAAGAAUUCAAAAACAGAGUAACAGAUGAGACUAACGAAGAAUUGUUCCUCAAUAAAAACAAGGUUCUAUAUGAAGAUUGUGUUGUAGCUGCUAGCGUUCUUUUAAAACACUUUGAAAUAGACGAAAGCGUGCGUAAGAGACCUAAAAGUUAUGAUAUUAAGAAAAUACACUGUAUGGCGCAGUUUCAAGUUUCGUUGCAAGCUAUAAAUAGCUUAAACACAUUCUGCGGCUCGCCAUUCGAUUGUACAACAUAUUACAGAUGUUAUAAUGGUGUAUUUGUAUACAACAUCGCACUGAAACUCGAAAAUCAGAAGGAUCCUAUGAAUUUCUUACGACAAUAUCUAAAAGGAUCUCAUACAGUUUUGCUAUUGUAUAAAAGUAUAUUUUCUGUACUGAAUAACUUAAUGGAAAAAAUGAAGUUAUCAACUAUCCCGUGGUCUCCUAAGAAGAAACGUCCAAGGAGGAAAAAGAAUGAGACUGAUGAAAAUGAUAUUUCGUUUAUUGUCAAAGGUUUUGAAUCAGAUGUCAAAAUAUAA